CCCACAUUGAUUGUAGUCAAACCGAUGCAGUUUCUCAUCAUGGAUGCUCCUCGCCAAGGUAACCUUCACGUCUAUAUUAAAGAGAUGCGCAAGUACCACGUGACUGAUGUUGUGCGAGUUUGCGAACCGACGUAUCAAGGUGGUGAACUUAGCAACGCCGGGAUUUCCUUGCACGAACUCGAGUACAAGGACGGAACCUCUCCACCCAAAGAUCUCAUCGACACGUGGCUACAGCUGGUUGAAAAGACUUUCUACGGAAAGACGCAGCAGUCCAAUGGCGACAGUACCAGCAAUUGCAUCGCGGUGCACUGCGUGGCCGGACUGGGACGGGCACCCGUCAUGGUGGCAAUUGCUUUGAUUGAAUUUGCCAGUAUGGAUCCAGUUGAAGCCGUUACCUUUAUUCGCCAGAGGCGCCGCGGAGCAAUCAAUGAAAAGCAGCUGCUUUAUUUGGAAGGCUACAAGAAGCAGUAUCGACGAGGCGCCGGUCCGGAAGCGUCGUGUUGCGUGAUUCUCUAG